UGAUAUUUAUAUUAGGGUUGACAGCCGCAGGAGCUGUGGGGGGAAAAUUAUUUGGAAUUUGCAAUGAAUCCGGGAGUGGCAUUGUUGCUGUCGGCGGCAUUUGCUGUCUGUCAUGGGCUCGUGCGCAUUCCUUUGAGGAAAUCUCGCUCCAUCCGACAAACCUUGACUGAUUCUGCAGACAGCAUUGAGGAACUGCUUGCAGGAGACCAAUCCAACAAAUACAACUUGGGCUUUCCACAAAGCAAGCGACCCACUCCGGAGACACUAAAAAACUACCUGGAUGCCCAGUAUUAUGGAGAGAUUGGUAUUGGCACACCACCUCAAAGCUUCACUGUGGUUUUUGACACUGGUUCCUCCAACCUCUGGGUUCCUUCCAUUCAUUGUUCUCUAACUGACAUUGCUUGCUUGCUGCAUCACAAGUAUAAUUCUGAAAAGUCAAGCACCUAUGUGAAGAAUGGGACUGAAUUUGCUAUUCAGUAUGGUAGUGGCAGCCUAUCAGGAUACCUCAGCCAGGACACUGUAAGAAUUGGUGACAUCAAAGUUCCAAACCAGUUGUUUGGUGAGGCCAUCAAACAGCCUGGUGCCGCUUUUAUUGCUGCAAAAUUUGAUGGAAUUCUUGGCAUGGCCUACCCCAAAAUCUCAGUUAAUGAUGUUGAUCCAGUGUUUGAUACUAUCAUGAAGCAGAAGCUGGUGCAAAAUAAUGUGUUUUCUUUCUACUUGAACAGGAAUCCAGAAACUCAACCUGGGGGGGAGCUGCUGUUGGGUGGCACUGAUCCCAAAUAUUACACUGGAGAAUUCUACUACUUGAAUGUCACCCGCCAGGCAUAUUGGCAAAUUGAAAUGGAUAAAAUUGCCAUUGAUGACUCUUUGGUCCUUUGUAAAGGAGGCUGUUCAGCUAUUGUGGACACAGGAACAUCUUUGAUCACUGGACCGGCUGUGGAAAUUCAGGCUUUGCAGAAAUCCAUUGGAGCUAUACCACUUACGCAAGGCCAGUACAAAGUCGAUUGCAACAAAGUUGCCUCCCUUCCUCCCAUCAACUUUAGCCUGGGAGGGCGGAGCUUUACUCUGACUGGAGAGCAGUAUAUCCUGAAGGAAAAACAAAUUGGUGUGACCAUCUGCCUGAGUGGAUUCAUGGGCCUUGACAUUCCACCACCAGCUGGUCCAAUGUGGAUUCUUGGAGAUGUCUUUAUUGGGCAGUACUAUACAGAGUUUGACCGAGACAACAAUCGCGUUGGAUUUGCAAAGGCUGUGUAAAAGUGGCUGCCAUGUUUUAACAAUCAAUUGGAAUAUUGAUAAUUGGAGUACACAGAUAUUCAAAACCAACUUGCAGCAGUAAUGAUGGAAAUUCUUUAGACUACAACUUUUGUUAUAAUGACUUUCCAAGUGCUUAAUUAUGGGCUGAUUUUACUUUCAAGCUAAUGGAAGAUCAGCAUAUUAGUGUUCUAUUGGGAAUGUAAGAUGUGCUGUGCAGGGAUUAGAUGAUCUGUUUCAAUGUUUUUACCUUAAGGCAAUCUGAAUAUUUUGCCUUGAUCUGAUCCUUGCAUUUUUGAGGUGGCCAGAGUUUCUCCUCUUGGAUCCAAGUACCAAUUUGCUUCACUUGUCAUUUUCAGUUUAAAAAAAAAGUCUCAUUUAAUACAAUGCAGCAUCACAUUAGUGGUUGCACAUAUUUGUUUCCAAGGAGGCAGCAAUACUGCUGAUUUUUAUCAAGGAUUUGUACUCCUUACCAAAUCUAGUUAGGAAUAUUGAUCCAAAUUGUAAAGGCAUCAGGUGAGAUUGUCAUGCCGUGGGAGGGAGAGAAAUCAAACUAUACACCUGCUAAUUCUCUCUCUCUCAAAUGGGAGGCAAAAAAAGGAACCACAAAGUGACAAACUUAAUGGGAGGGAUGACUGUAGAAUCUAGAAAUGUUAAACAAUGGCAAGAUUUCUUGAUUACAUGAUUUUAAUUAACUUAGGGUUAUUUGACAUUUGUUCCUAUUGUAAUAGGACUAGUUGGAAUUAAAUGCAAUAGAUUUGCACAUGCAUAUAAUUUUAAAUUCUUAACAUGAAUUUAGUUCAGGUCACUUGCCUCGAAUCAGAUGUCUGUCUGUCUGGAGUACUAUUUGGACCCUAUGUAAGACUUCCAGGAUGAGCUGGUUCAACCAAUGUCUCAACUAUACAGUCUGUUAACAUUAAAGAAUUUGUCACCAUUUUUGAAAAA